CUGUCUUAAGAAAAAAAAAAAAAAAUCUACUUCUCUUUCUCUCUCUAGAAUAUCUUCAUCUUCUAUAUUGGUUGAUUAUAAAUUUAUCUUCAAUAAUCAUGAAGAACUAGUUAUCUGAUCGAAGUUCGUCGACAAUCAAUCUAUAGAGCCAAAGGUCUUUCUUUCUUUCUAGUGACUAAUAUUUGACAAUAUGGCUUCAACUAUGGUUAAGUCAACUAGAUUCAUGAAGAGGACUGAUUCAAUGAAGUCACAUUCGUGGUGGUGGGAUAGUCAUAUUAGUCCCAAGAACUCUAAGUGGUUGUCGGAAAAUCUUGAGGAGAUGGAUCAAAGUGUGAAGCGCAUGUUGAAACUGAUUGAACAAGAUGCUGAUUCAUUCGGCAAAAAGGCAGAAAUGUACUAUCAGAAGAGACCCCAACUGAUUUCUCACGUCGAAGAGUUUUACCGCAUGUACCGAUCCCUAGCGGAGCGUUACGAUCAAGUGACAGGUGAAUUACGAAAGAACAUCCCUUGCGAUCUCCAAUCCCAUGGCUCGGGCAUUUCUGAAAUCAGUUCCGAACCAGCCUCUAUAUGUCCUUCUCCCGAUCAAAGGCCAAAUCGUCGCAAUAAAUCUGGUCCUAGACCAGCAGGUUUUGAGGUCUUCCUUGGUUCAGGCGGGAGUAGCUCCGACUUAGGAAAUAAAGAAGGAGAUGAUGAAUCGUCCACAUUGGACUCUGAGUCCGACUCAGACGAUUCAUCGUCCGUAAACAACUAUAGCGACGAGCAAGGCUUACGCACGAAGAUUGCAGAACUCGAAACUGAACUCCGUCAAGUCAAAGAGAACCUUCUAGAAAGAUCACACGGUGACGAAGAAGAGAUCUCCGCAUUGAGAAUUGAAGUUUCUGACCCUGAGCCUACUCCUCCUGAGGAUGAUGAGGAUGGCGAGGAGGCAAAGAUUCAAAUACUUGAACGGGAAAUGAGAAUUACAAAAGAAAAACUUCAUAAUUCCGAACGAGAGAUCGAAAACCUAAGACGUGAGCUCGGGAGUAGUCAGACGCAGAUUCGUCGUCUCCAGGAGCAAUUUGGAUCUGCAAACAAGGACAACGUUGCAUGGAAAUCCAAACUUGAUAGAGAACAAAGGGAGGUUUCUAAACUCCACGAUAGGAUUGCUCGGUUCAAAACAAAUUUGUCGGAACGGGAUCACGAGAUAAGGCAAUUGAAGGAGUCGAUUAACAACGCCAAUAAGAGCUUAUCGGAAGAGAACUCGAUGCUUCAAGCCGAGAUCACGAAAUCUACCAAGGAGAAAACGUUAUUGGAGGAUAACAUAAAAGAAUGGGAUUUGAAAUGCCAAUCCUUGGAAGAAGAAGUGCGACGUAUUAAGGCCGGGAAACAAGAGAUCGAAGAGUUGCUUGGGGAGGAAAUUGAACGGUUUAAACUGGAGAAAGACGAACUGGACUUGAAAAUAUUGAAGCUCACGGGUGAAGUAAAUGUGAAGAGUAAUGAGAUUGAGCAUAUGGACCAGCAUUUGAGGCAACUUCAUAUGGAACAUGUGGAAUUAGUGUCUGGAAAUGAAAAACUGAAGGGGGAGAUUAAGAAACAGAAUGUGGAGUUUGUGUCUAGAAUUGGAGAAUUGGAGGGGGAGAUUGAGAAACAAAAGGAGGCUAUCUUAGAAGGAGCAGAAGGGAAAAGAGAGGCUAUAAGACAACUUUGUUUAUCGAUUGAGCAUUAUAGGACUGGCUAUCAAGAGCUUCGACAAGCUUUAUGUUUCUCGGGGUAUAAACGAUCGUAAACUUCGACAAGCUUUCUGUUUCUCGGGGUAUAAAUGACGUAAACUGAGUUUGGAUUUCGGUCGAAAACUUGGUUUCUUGGUUGUGUUGCUGUUAUUUGUGGGUAAUAAUAAUAGCAGCAUUAGCUAAAGCUAAGCCAGCAUGUAUGUAUAUGUGUUUAUUAUAUAAAUUGGGGAAGGGAUCUAAGUUUUUGUUUUCUUUCAUUUUUGCUGUGUGAGAAACCCCUUUUUUGGGCUUUGGAAAUUAUGGUUUGUGCGUGGCGCUUAAGAAACUUUCAUCAUCUCA